CACCCGCCCGCCCGCGAUUCCACUCCGCCAGUCUGUUCCUCCCCGAUCACUAGCGAUUCCGAGCUCGAUCUUAUCCGCGGUCUCCUCCACCCCUCAUGGCGGCCAGACAAAGCGCCAGGCCUGGCGGCGCACGCUUUGCGCAGUUCAAGCUCGUCUUGCUGGGCGAGUCCGCCGUCGGAAAGAGCUCUCUGGUACUGCGAUUCGUGAAGGACCAAUUCGACGACUACAGAGAAUCAACUAUCGGCGCCGCAUUUCUCACACAGACAAUCGCAUUGGAUGAACAGACAACAGUCAAGUUCGAAAUAUGGGACACAGCAGGUCAGGAGCGAUACAAGUCAUUGGCGCCAAUGUACUACAGAAAUGCCAACUGUGCAGUGGUGGUCUAUGAUAUAACGCAAGCGGCGUCCUUGGAGAAGGCGAAAGCGUGGGUGAAGGAGCUUCAGCGACAAGCAAAUGAGAAUAUUAUCAUUGCUCUGGCCGGUAACAAAGCAGAUCUGGUAGCCGAGCAACCCGACAAACGCGCAGUCUCUACAGCCGAUGCGGAGGCCUAUGCAAAAGAGGCAGGGCUGCUGUUCUUCGAAACCAGUGCCAAGACUGCAGAGAAUGUCAAGGAGCUUUUCACAGCAAUUGCGAAGAAAUUGCCGAUCGAGCAAGCCACACAGCGAGGGAUGCGUGGAGCAGCCGGCAGGCCAGGUGGCGUCGAUUUGGGAUCACGACAAGAUCCAGGAACAUCAUCGGGAGGUCCUGGCGGAUGCAACUGCUGAUUGGAGCGGAAGAGUUUGGUCUCAUAUUCCACAAUCAACACUUCACUUGAUGCGAUUUGAUAAGACCAUCAGAUACCACGGCGAGGAGAGAGCGUCUUUUGUAUCCGCAACCUUUUCCUUACUGGGUCGAGCCACCACGAGGAACACCUCGCUUACGUUAUUGCAUGCGCGCUAGAUUUUCAAGAGGAUUUUCCAGCUGUUGAGUGCUUUCAAUAUCAUGUCAAACACAAUUUGCAUGGGUCACAUAUGUCAAGUCCAAUAGCACAGCACAGACCAAAUUCACCGAGUAAAUA